AUGAACUCCACAGCACCCUGGGUUCUGAAGUUUCAGCCCAUCUUGUUUAAUGCCACUGAAGAAGUCAACCACUCAGUUUUUGGCAGCAGAGGAAGUCAUGAGUUCUGUGAGCAAGUCUUCAUCAAAGCUGAAGUGUUUUUGUUACUUGGAAUCAUCAGCCUUCUUGAGAACGUCCUGGUGAUCCUUGCAGUGAUCAAGAAUGGCAACCUGCAUUCACCCAUGUACUUCUUUCUCUGUAGCCUGGCUGUGGCAGACAUACUAAUGGGGAUGUCCAAUGCCUUGGAGACCCUCAUGAUUGCCAUCCUGAGUGGUGGCUACUUAACCAUCGAUGACCACUUCAUCCAGAACAUGGACAACGUUUUUGACUCCAUGAUCUGUAUCUCUUUGAUUGCCUCCAUCUGCAACCUUUUGAUCAUAGCAGUUGACAGGUACAUUACCAUUCUCUAUGCGCUCCGGUACCACAGCAUCAUGACUGUGAGGAAGGCUCUGAUGCUGAUUGGGAUCAUCUGGACCACUUGCAUCUUUUGCGGCAUCAUGUUCAUUGCCUACUAUGAGAGCAAAACGGUCAUUGUCUGCCUCAUCACCAUGUUCUUCACCAUGCUCUUCUUCAUGGCCUUGCUUUAUAUUCACAUGUUCCUGUUUGCACGCUUACAUGUCAAGCGCAUUGCAGCCCUCCCGGUGGAUAGGCCCCCCCACCAACGCACCUGCAUGAAAGGGGCAGUCACGAUUACUAUUCUGUUGGGUGUCUUCAUCAUCUGCUGGGCACCCUUUUUCCUCCAUCUUAUCCUCAUCAUUUCUUGCCCCACCAACCCACACUGCCUUUGCUACACUUCUCACUUCAACACCUACCUGGUUCUUAUCAUGUGCAACUCGGUCAUUGAUCCUCUUAUAUAUGCUUUCCGGAGUCUGGAGAUGAGAAAGACCUUCAAGGAAAUUGCUUGUGGCUGUUACAGCAUAAGCACAGGGCAGUGCAUGCUCUAA